CCUCAAAUUUGUUCUUCAUUUGCGGUUCAAGGAGUUUCUUGAAGCUCAAGUUGGGAAUGGCAUGCUUACCAGAGCCUGUGAUCUGCAUGACUUAUUCAUGUAUAAAUAUCUCCCUUUCCUUCCUACUUUCCAAAAUUUUCUGCUUCUGCAAGUUCUACCGCAGCACUCUGGAACUUCAUAAAUCAGCUUUAUUUUCAUAGAGCCAUCAGGAUCUCCUUUCCUACAAAGCGUGCUUCUUGGUUGGAUUCAUUGCGAGAGUUUCCGGGAUAUAACGAUGGCAUCUCCUUUGGUCCUGGGUACUAGUGUGGCAGCUGCUGCGUUGGGGGGAAGAUAUUUGAUUAGUAAAUGGCAAGCAUUCAAAGCUUGGCCUAAAACUCCACGGGCCCGAAGAUUUUAUCCUGGUGGUUUUGAGAAGGUUAUGACUAAACGGGAGGCAGCAUUGAUUCUGGGAGUCAGGGAGAGAACGGUGAUGGAGAAGAUUAAGGAGGCUCACAGGAGAGUGAUGAUGGCAAAUCAUCCUGAUGCUGGCGGGAGCCAUUACCUUGCCUCAAAGAUAAAUGAAGCCAAGGACGUACUGAUGGGGAAGUCAAGAGGUGGAACCUCAGCAUUUUAGAUUUUACACACCACAGAGUCUCUGAUAGAAGUGUUGUUAUAUCUUAUUGAGCAGAUGGGUGAUGGGUGAAAUUUUGACCAGUCUUGAGUAUGCAGUUGGUCUGGCAAGCAUGCUUUCUUCUUCUCCAAUCAUAUUUUGAUAAUCUAUUUUAUUUUGCUUCAUAGUCUAGGGUGAUAUGACAGGAGCAAAAAAACUUGGUUCCAUAUUGCCUUCUCAUUUCUCACCAACUUGGAGUACAAGUUCGAAAGCAAGAACUAUAAAAGCAAUAAAAUUUUUCAACCAGUUUCUAACUGAUCAUCUUUGAAUCAGACAAGCACAAA